AUGGCUUCUCAGCCUACCCCGGUAGAGCUAACGUCGCUGGAGCGUGAGGCUGCCCAAGCUACAGUACCCAAGCGUCGAAUGUCUGAGCGGCGUGCUCGUCGAGCCCGUGUCCGGCAGGAACAGGUCCUCGCAGCUGAGCAACGUGAAGUGCCCAAGUCCAAGCAAGAAGUGGAAGUAGCGGUCAAACGCACUAUGGAAGGCCCCUCUCCGUAUAGGAUUCGCGGGUUUGUCUUGUCGUGGCCGGACGUCCACGAUGUCAUUGCGGCUAUGCACAAGGUGUAUAUGCAUUCUGGCACCGAUAAGCUGGUUGGUAAGCUCUACACCCUCUAUGGCUGGAACAGACUACGAUCUCUGGUUAGGGUGGUAAAGCGCUCGUGUCACGCUUGCCAGCUUCGCGCUCCGCACGGCACGCAAGAGUUCGGCCUCCUCCAGCAGCCCAAGCGUGCUCGGGGGUUAUUUGACCAUGUUUUUCAUAGAUUUCGCGCAGUUGCCGAAGACCUCUGCCUGUAG